AUGAAGAAGAAGAAGAUCCCAACCCUACCUGACGAUUUGGUCACAAAAAUCCUGUUGCUGCUACCAGUGAAAUCUCUACUCCGUUCCAAAUCCGUCUGUAAAUCCUGGCGCUCUCUCAUCUCUAAUCCCCAUUUCGCCAAAUCACAUUUUGACCUAGCUGCCACCGAACCCACCCACCGUGUUCUUCUCUGUACCAAAAUCAAUUCUCAUUCCGCCAUUGAAUCAUUGGAUUUAGAUGCCCCAUUAACCGAUAACUCUUCUGUGGCGCGCCUGAACCUCAAAGUUCCAAACUUUUAUAGUUUUGACACAUUGGGUUCUUGCAGAGGGUUUAUACUGUUAGCUGAUUUGGAAAACCAUGUUUUCAUUGUUUGGAAUCCAUCAACUGGUGUUCGCGUGAAAAUUCCGCUGUCUGUUGCUUUCUUGUAUGAUCCACACUCACCAACUGUUACCCGGAAUUUAAUUUCAGCUAGUUUUACUACCUUGAUUGGUAAGGGUAUUGGGUAUGAUGAAUCUAGGGAUGAUUAUUUGAUAGUUCUUAUGGGAUUGGAUAAGUAUUCGUGUCUUCGAAUCGAGGCUUUUUCGUUGAAAAUGAAUGCAUCAUACUGCAUUUGUGGUAUUGGGGUUGGAUAUGAUAAACUCGGGCGUGAUGAUUAUAAUUAUAGUUUUGGCUUGUUCUUUAACCAGUCUCUUCAUUGGUUGGUUAUGUCUAAGGCUAGACAGGUUCCGGUAGUUCUUGCUUUUAAUCUGAUUGAUAGGAGGUUAUCGGAGAUUCUUCUGCCGGCUGAGUCGUUGGCAUUGUCUCCUCAAUUUUUGAAUAUAAUGGGAGGAUGGCUCAGUUUGUGUUUUGAAGGCUAUGAUGAGACAAAGAUAUGGGUCAUGAAAGAAUAUAAUGUGCACUCUUCCUGGACUUUAUAUUAUCAUCUGGCUCUUGAGAAUACUCGUUAUGAAUCCUGUGCCCCGAUAUGGUUCACUAAAGGUGUUAAUGUUUUGGGUUCCGCUAGGGGAGGAUUAAUCAAAUUUAAUGUCGAGGGAGAGUUGAUUGAGCGUCGUGCAUGUAGGGCAUGUGAUUUGAAACUAAUGCAUUAUGAUAUUUAUAGGGAGAGUCUACUAUCACUGCCUAGUUACUUUGCGAAAGAUGAGGAGGAAGCACCAACAGAUGAAAAGUCAAAGCAGGAGACGGUGAGGGAGCCCGGGAGGAGGAGUAAAAAGAAGAUAAGCUGCCACAGAAGAUGGACGAUCGAAAAUUAG